GGAACCGUAAGCGCACAUAGCACGGAACCCUAACAAUAUUAAUGCGCCGCCAGCAGAGUCGACUUUCGCAACCUUUUCUGUAACUUGGAAACUUCCAAAUGCAAAAUCAGCGGAACGUGGACGAAUGACGCAAAUACCGAUGUGGGAACGGAAAUGAAUUAUUUCUAUAUAUCAUUAUUAUAUCAAACUUCGAUUAGUAAUCACCAUUUUAAUUGUAAUGUAAUUUUAAUUCUUUUAAAAACUUCGAAUACAUAAUUUCCUUUAAGUAAAAUUAUCUGGUUUACUUUCACUCCUCCGACUGUAGAAAUCAUUUCUGGCGCAGUCGGUAGGAUACUCAAGAAGAUUAGGUUCGGUUCGCGUGAAGAUUUCCCCAAAAAUCGGAACGAAGUCCCGCGCGACUGACCGAUUUCGAGUAUCGAGAAUCUACGAGUUUCUACGGUCGAGGUGAAUCCAGCCAUUGAUUCAGAUAGACACCAGAUAAUGUGGCCAUUCCUGAUGCUUCAUCUCCUGCUUCUAAAUCCGGUGUUAAUGCAAGAGAUCCGACUUGAAAGUCUUAACGAUGGACCUGGUAUUCUACCCUUCAAGUUAGGAUCAGCUAAAGUAAUAUCCCAUUACCAUUCCUUCAUUCAAUACAUUGACCUUCACGAUCUAAGCGAUAGCAUACAAUCUAUAGAUAAUCAAUUACGUAAUUUUAGCCCUGAAUUACAUACUAAAACUAGAUCUCUAUUUGAACCUCAUGUCACUUACCUGGAAACUAAGCUUCAUAACAUAUUACAGCAGUUAAAAACCUUUGAAAGCGAUCGCGCGAAACGAGGUCUCGUAGACGGUUUUGGCUCCGUGAUAAAAAGCAUUACAGGAAACUUAGAUUAUACAGAUGCACAGCGUUAUAACCAAGCUAUUAAACUACUUCAGGAUAAUGAAAAUAAAAUAGUAACCGAGCUUAAUAGUCAUAUUACUUUGUCUAAAGAUUGGUCUGAACAUUAUUCAAAAAUUAUUGAUAGUAUAGUCAAAAAUCAAGGUCAGUUAGAAACUCUAUUUAGGAAAAUUAACGAUAGCAUAGCUUCUAGAGAUGAUGAUUUAAUCAAGUAUGCUCAUUUAGGUCAGAUACUUUUAAUACUAGGUGAUAACGUAGAUUCUGUUUCUCACGAGUUAUAUAAAUUAGAAAACGUAAUGAGUUUCAUUAGAACUUCCACUGUACAUCAUGGUAUCUUAAAUUUGGAUUCCGUACAUGUCAUGAUUGAUAAUGUUACGAACCUUUAUGGCAGGGAAAGGGUGAUAGAUUUAGAAAGUAGAGAAUAUUUUAAUAUAAUUAGGAUAGGAUCUUAUUAUGUAGGAAAUCGCAUAGUUAUAGUUUAUAAAUUCCCCAUUAUUCUCCCUUUUACAUAUGAUAUGUAUAAAUUAUCUAUUGUCCCAAAUCGUAAUAAUGAAGUUCUUAUUCCACCCCAUCCAUUCCUUGUCCUUAAUAAGAAAGAUUUCAAGUACAUAGAGGCAGAAUGCCCGAAGUCAAGUAACUGGUAUAUCUGCGAGAACAAGCAUAAUCUUCAAGGACAGCUCCCUCCAGACUGUAUCCAGGAGCUGAUCACUACCCAGAAGAAGAGCUCAACGUGCACCUCUGUCACUGUUGCCCUGACGACAUCAGCCUACGAGAAACUCGAUGACAAGCACUACAGCGUUAGCUUUCCCAUACCAACGAAAGCACACAUAUCCUGCAGUCAAGAUUCGUACAGAAUAUUACAAGGCAGUUACCUGGUCAUACUGCCCCACACCUGCUACCUGGAGACGUCACAAUUUACAAUAACGAACAUCAACGAUCGGCUGAAAGGUCAAGUCUUGAAACUGAUGGACAUUCCCAAAGAUGACACCACUAUCACGUCUACAGUCCCGAAGGCGAACCUGAACUCGAUCAACUUGGAUCAACUUCACGAGAUCAACACCAAGAUAUCUUUACAAUCACCCCUACAUUUGGAAGAAGAAACUGACUACACUUUGUACCACACGACUAUUCCUCUAUACGCAAUAAUAUUAAGUGCAGGCGCACUCAUCAUUGGUUUGAUAUAUCGACACUACCGAAUGAAACGAGCGAGCAGAAUCCCAGAAACUUCAGAUGAGAACAACUUGGGGAGACAAGCAAUAUACUCAGUUCCUGAAACUACCAAAAGGAUUGGGACCAAUCAACUUCCAGCUCAAUUCACGACAAAUGUCUUUCAUACUCGCUGUUCUACGGGGGGAGGUGUUACGGAACCGUAAGCGCACAUAGCACGGAACCCUAACAAUAUUAAUGCGCCGCCAGCAGAGUCGACUUUCGCAACCUUUUCUGUAACUUGGAAACUUCCAAAUGCAAAAUCAGCGGAACGUGGACGAAUGACGCAAAUACCGAUGUGGGAACGGAAAUGAAUUAUUUCUAUAUAUCAUUAUUAUAUCAAACUUCGAUUAGUAAUCACCAUUUUAAUUGUAAUGUAAUUUUAAUUCUUUUAAAAACUUCGAAUACAUAAUUUCCUUUAAGUAAAAUUAUCUGGUUUACUUUCACUCCUCCGACUGUAGAAAUCA